CCUCACGCCUCAAUCAACUCCGUCAUCUCCAUCUACUUUCUCUACUCCACCACUCCUCCCAUCAUCAUGUCCUCUCAAAACGCUCAACGAGCCCAAACAAUAAACCAACGCAUAACGGAAGCCACCGGCCAGGUAAUCACCGAAUACCACGAAAUCGUCCAUCUGGCUCCUGUCGCAUCAAAAGACAAAGUCGCUUCCGCAAUGGAAACUUAUCAAAUUGAGGGUCAUGCCGCAUCAAUGGUCCGUGCUAUCGAAGACCUUCUCAUGCUCUCUCGAUCCCUCAAAGAAGCUUGGAUUCUUAGCCAGGUCUCCUCCACCUUAGAAAACCAUACCUCUUCCUAAACCCACUGCAUCUCUUUUCUCUUUACGGCGUUCUUGGUGUUAUUCUAUUCUUUCAUUCGAUUAUUUAGCCAUUCUCUGUAAUAUUACUUAUAUCAUCAAUUAUUUAGCCAUUCUCUGUAAUAUUACUUC